AUGGCCGAUGAUGCUAAUGCUAUGGCCAACAACAACCUCGUCCCAACAUUACCCCAACCAAAGAGACCUAGAAGGGGGGACACAGAUUCUAUACGGCUACACUCUUUCCGCCGCCACUCUCUUUCCGCUGCAACUCUCGCAGCCCUAACGGAAUUGAAAACCUUGAAGCUCGUCCACUGUGACUUCGAUUUGCCACAUAACUUUCCAACGCUCACUCGUUUGCGAAACCUCGCUCUGUGGCAUGUCCCCCUCCCCGAAAUCAUUCUUCAGACUUUGAUAGCCAAUUGUAAGUGCCUUCAGACUAUUGAUUUGCUUCACUGCAGUGGAAUUUCCCGUGUUGAGAUCAAUGCUAGGGACCAUAGACAAUUCAAGGAGUUCAGAAUCGCAGCCUGCAGACACUUGGAAGUGCUUGUCAUUGAUUCCCCAACUAUUCGCUCUGUGCACUACUGUGGUCCAAUACCUAGAAUCCGAAUUGUUGAUGCUGCUCAAUUGAAUGAGGCCUUCUUCAAUUUUGAGCCUGCUGGCAACAGAAGAUACCUUCCGGUGUCUGAAAUGGAAAAACUGGUUACUGAUAUACCUAACGUCACGGUUCUGACCACCACAGCUCUUAUUCCUGAGGCUUUGACCACCAAGUUUCGUCGUGGGGUUUUUGGAGAAGCAAACUACAGCUUCUUGAAUCUCAAGGAGCUUCAGUUGAUGAUGGAGGGAGGACUCUUUUGCAAUCCAUAUGAUAUUGUCAUGUUUAUGAUGCGUUGUCCACUCCUGGAACGGCUGUUCAUCGAUAUGAAUGAUUACAAUUUCGAGUGUGGAGUAUAUUGGGAGCUGCAUCAGAAGCCUAAGCUGGACAAAUUGGACCACUACUUCGAUAGGCUCAAAUAUAUUAGGCUAAAGGGUUUCAAGUUUCUGCAGUCUGAACUUCAACUGGUAAAGAUCCUUCUGAAUAAAGCAACUAAUCUGGAGGCCCUUGUUUUCGUCACACCAAAGAAUGGCCGUACUAAGUUAUACAGAGCAGACGCACCUCGAUAUAGCCAGCUUCUUCUAUCUUGGAAAACAUCUCCAGAAGCUAAAAUAGUUUUAUUUGAUCAUAUGAAUGACAAGAGUCGAGUGCGUCCAACUCAUACCAAAUUUUGGUAUUGUUGAUCAAUUAGAGUUUAGAUGGUCACUUAGGAAUUAGGAUGUUAGUUGAAUAGAUAAAAAUAAAAUAAAAUGUAAGAAUUAGUGAAUUACAGGAGUAGAAUGUACUUGGUCCUGUAGCCUUUUCUGGUGCUGUACUGUGACUAAAGAUUUUGCUAAUGAAAAGUGCUAAUUC